AUGGUUCCUGCUGCCUUGGCUGGCGGUCAGUUCGGCUUCGGCGGUGGAGCGUUUGGGCCAUCGUAUGCUGCCGCAACACAGUCAUUUGCUCGGCAGGAGCAGUAUUACCCACCUCAGCCGUACAGUUUCGGCUACGACAACGCUGACGAGUACGGAACGAAGUCGUUCCACAAGGAGCAGGGCGACGCCUCAAACACAAAGACAGGCACGUACGGAUACUCGGACGCCAACGGAAUAUUCCGCCAGGUGAAAUACAUCGCUGACGCCGGUGGAUUUCGUGCCAAGGUGGACACCAACGAGCCUGGCACCGAGCCCGGAGCCAGCGCUGACGCAACCUACAACGCGAGGCCACUUCCUGCUGGUCCGCAAUACCGUGUCAUCGGUGGCUCUUCGCGCCUAUCGGCUCCCUACACGAGCGCCUCCACUUACGGCUCCGGAUACGGUGGCCAAGGGCCGUGGGCUGGCUAA